AUGCUUUUGCAUCACGUCCGUGGACCAACUUCAUUUUUAGAUUUAAAAACUGUUGAUGACGUUAUCCACCCUACAUUUCAAAGAGCUUGCCAAGCGCUUGGUCUGUUACAAAAUGAAAGUCAUUGGAAUUCUACUCUCGAAGAAGCUGCUUUAUUUCAAUCAGUGUCGAAUCUAAGAGAACUUUUUGUUACUAUGAUAGCAUUUUGCCACAUUACUAAUUUAACAGAACUGUGUAAAAAUCACAAAAAUAAUAUGUCAUUAGAUAUUUUGCAGCAAGAAAGGCAUCGUUCUGGAAAUCACGAUUUAGCUGUCACUCCAUAUAUUUUGAAUAAAACUUUAAUAUUAAUAGAAAAUGAUCUUCUGAAAAUAUCUGGAAAGAAGCUGUCUGAUCUUAACAUGGAAUCACCGUUACGAACUGAUGAUAAUGAUAAUAAUUUUCUUAGAGAUAGGGCUUAUAUUGCAGAAACUUCUUAUGAUUAUGAUAUACUUUCAAAUUACAUCCAGGAGAAUGAGCCGAAGUUAACAAACGAUCAGCAAGUUGUUUAUAAUACUAUUUUACAAAGCGUAUUGCAAGAUACUGGAGAAUUAUUUUUUCUUGAUGCUCCUGGUGGAACUGGCAAGACCUUCAUGCUGAAUCUCUUGCUUGCAAAGUUACGUGUAGAGAGAAUAAUUUCAUUAGCAGUCGCUUCUUCCGCAACAUUAUUACAAAAUGGCAAGACAGCACAUUCCGCUUUCAAAUUACCUUUGGAUCUUCAGACUAACGAACGCCCAGUUUGUAGUGUGAAGAAACAAAGUUCUUUGGGUAAAUUAUUAAGGGAGACACGUUUUAUUGUUUGGGAUGAAUCAACAAUGGCGAAUAAAGGUGGUCCUGAAGCACUUGAUAGAACGCUGAGGGAUUUUAAAAAUAAUGAUCGCCCAAUGGGCGGAGUUGUUAUUCUUUUUGCUGGUGACUUUAGACAAAUAUUGCCAGUUGUGCCUAAAGGCACUAAAAGUGAUGAAAUCAACGCCUGUCUAAAGUCAUCUUAUCUUUGGUCUUACAUAACAUCUUUGAGAUUAACAACCAAUAUGCGUGUACACCUUGGUGGUGAUAAUAAUGCCGAGCUCUUCUCACAACAUCUUUUGAAAAUUGGUGACGGAACUUUUCAGAAUGAUAAGGAUAGCAUAAUACAAAUAAAUUCUACAUUUGCAAUUUCGGUUCUUGAUCAAAAUAACUUAAUCAACAAAGUUUAUCCUGAAAUUUCUCAUAUUUCCAAUAAAUCCAAUGAAUGGCUCCGUGAACGUGCAAUUUUGGCCCCUAAAAACGACAUCAUCAACAUCAUAAACGAAAAAGUUCUUUAUAUGUUCGAAGCUGAUAAAAAAAACUAUAUUUCCAUAGAUACACUUACUAAUCAAGAUGAAGCUAUAGAUAUCCUGACUGAUAUCCAUCAGGUCUCCCCCCACACAAACUUGAUUUAA